AUGGUGGGCGCCCAGCACUUUUUAUGCAACGAGUUGCGCAAGUUUCCGAUCGAAGAGGUCGAGUUCUUUCUGCCACAAGCUGGUGCAUCUACUGAUUACGCGUCCGAACGAGUCGAUUGCCGUCGAGUCGCUGCUAAUGGACAUGUCGCUGCGGUCGUCACACGUGGCAAUGCUUCUCUACUGGUACUUGCAGGCGUACCUAAGCGACCUGGCGCCCAACCCGCGCACGCCCUCGUUCAAGCACUGCCAGCGCAUAUUCAACCAGGUGCAGGAGCUGCUGUUUACAGAUAUCGCGCCCGAGUUGAUUAUCGACGCGCCCGAGCCUGUCCAGUACUCGUAUCUAAGCGAUUCAAGUCCAUGUUCAGACUGACACCACAAGUGCGGGAAAAUGCAGCAGCAGCGUUUGUUGGAAUUGGAUCGUCGCUGGCAUCGGCCGGCGCUCCUUCGUUGGCACCUACCAUGGGCUGGUUGGCAGUUGCACAGGGGCAGCGCGUGAAGAUCUCCGAGCGCAUAGAUGAGGACCCGGAUCUGCCUCCCCAGCACCACCUGCUGACAGGCAAGGGAAAGAAAGGCGUCGGCCGGUCUUCGAGCGUCAUGGUGAGGCGAACUGUAGAUAAAGAGGCCGACCGCAGCCAGAAGUCGCUUCGCAAUGCGUACACAGGCACCAAUACGCCGGAGGCUAUGGACAUUUUUAGCAAGCGUCCAUCGCAAUAUGCACUGGAUGCUGAUGAUGCCGAGCGCAUGUCGUCAAGCCAGCCCACAACACCGUCGAUCUCUGAGCAUCUGAGCCAGGAAUUCGGCAGCGACUUUGAUCGUACUAGCUGGUCUGCUACACCUGCGCAGCAUGCGUUCCUGGGCAGCCGUGCGCCUACUCCUGGCGGCCGCGUGUCUACCGAUUCGUGCCGCACAGUGGCUGUCAUGGAGAAUGUCGAGCGCACACGCUCCUGA